AUGAGUAUUCAUGUAUUUUUUUCUAGCAUUGACAUUCAAAUUUUGAAAUGUAAAGCAACUAAAAAUAAAAAAUUAGAACGUGAUAAUACAGAAUAUAGUAAUGGUUCGGUGUAUCCACCCCCUCCAUUGUCUCAACAGUGGAACAACCUAGGUGACGUAGAUAUAAACAACUCAAAUCCUAGUAAUGGGUUUUCUGAAGAUGAUGAAAACAGUGACCAUGUAGCAGGCAACGUAACAUACACUACAGUGGUUCAACAACCCUCAAAUGGACCUGGAGUGUUAAGGCGAAGUGAACGUAUUCAGAACCGAAGGAACGGCCCUCAAUGGAAACAACAGAAUAAUAGUAAUUCUGACACUUCAAAUUACCAGCAUCCUGCAAAUUCAAGUAACCAGAACAAUGUCUGGCAGAUGUCACCUGUGCAUGUAUUUAAUAUCCUUUAUUACCGCUAUGCUGUUGCCAUGAUAUUUGCUGUUAAUGAGAUAAACAGAGAUCCUCACCUACUACCAAACCAUACAUUGGCAUAUGUGCUGUAUGACUCUUGCUAUACAGAAGUAAGAGCCCUGGCGAUAACAAUGAGAUUGUUAUCUGGUGAGAAGAAGGCCCCAAAUUACCACUGUGGGAGUGAAUUAUGGCCCAUAGCUGUCCUUGGAGACUCACCAUCAACAUCUUCUGUCAUAAUGGCAAGGAUACUGGGAGUUUACCGUUAUCCGCAGAUCAGCUACGGCUCUACCCUACCUUUCCUGAGUGACAAGCAACAAUUUCCUUCUUUUGUUCGCACUAUAAGCAGUUUCACUGUUCAGGUGAUUGCUAUGACUCAGCUAAUGAAACACUUUGCCUGGACAUGGAUUGGCAUUCUAGCAGCUGAUAAUGACCUAGGACUAGAAGGCAGUCAGAGUCUUUUACUGGAACUUGCUAAAAGAGGCAGCUGUGUAGCUUUUCUAGAAAUACUACCUGCAUACAAUUCCAAGAGCAGACUACGGCAAAUAGCUGAAAAGAUCAAGGCAUCAUCAGCAAAAGUAAUAAUUGUCUGUUCCACACAGCAGUACAUUAUACCACUAAUGGAAGAAGUCACAAUGCAAAACAUAAGCAAUAAAAUCUGGAUUGCUCCAAUUAUUUGGAUAAACUCUUUAGUGUUUCAUAUUAGAGAAAACUGGAAGACAUUAAAUGGCACUUUAGGUUUUACAAUGUACAAUCCAGAGAUUCCUGAGUUCCGAGAAUAUGUGUACAAUAUUAUUCCUUCUACUACAAGUGAUGAUACUUUUCUGACUCUUUUCUGGGAAACAAUUUUCCGAUGUAAGUGGAUGACUAACCAAAACACCACUAUAUCCAUAUUGGAUGGAUUAGUCAAAACACCAUUUUGUACAGGUACUGAAAGCCUAAAAAAACUACAGACUUCAGUAUAUGAGUCCUAUAGCUUCCAAGAAGCAAUCACAACAUACAAUGCUGUGUAUAUUCUAGCCCAUGCACUGCACAGACUGUUAUCAUGUGAUAUUAAAGAUGUGAUAUCAAAAAAUGAAUCCUGCGGUGAUGUUGCAACCCUUCAGCCAUGGCAACUUCUUAACUUUAUCAGGACAGUCCAUUUUACAAACACAGCAGGGCAAGAUGUUUAUUUUGAUAAGAAUGGUGACAUGCCAAAUCAGUUUGACAUUCAGAACUUUCAAUUUUUCCUGAAUGGGACAAGUCGGAUUGUAAAAGUUGGUAUCUUCACAUCAUGGGCCCCUGCUGAUCAGCAGAUUCAAAUAGAUAAAGCAACCAUUUUGUGGAAUGAUGGUGCUAGAGAGAUCCCACAUGCAGUAUGCAGUGAAAGCUGUCGCCCAGGAUACAGGAAAUCUACUCGUAAGGGACAGCCCGUAUGCUGCUUUGAUUGCACUCCCUGCUCUGAGGGGAAAAUCUCAAACCAAACUGAUAGCAAUGACUGCAUAAUUUGUCCAGAUGACGAGUGGCCAAUAUAUGGACAAGACAAAUGCAUUCCGAAACUUGUUGAGUUUUUGUCUUACAAGGAAGAACUGGGGGCAUCAUUAGCUACUCUCAGCGUCUUCUUUACUGCCCUCACUGCUUCUGUUCUAUGUGUCUUUAUAAAGUUCAGAGAAACUCCAGUUAUCAAGGCCAACAACCGUGACCUCAGUUAUCUGCUAUUGCUUGGUCUUUUUCUCUGCUUCCUCUGUUCCUUGUUAUUUAUUGGUCGUCCUGAAAGAGUGACCUGCCUAAUACGUCAAGUUGCAUUUGGUGUCAUUUUUACUUUAAGUGUCUCUUGCAUAAUAGCAAAAACAAUCACGGUCAUUGUUGCUUUCACUGCUACCAACCCCAACAGCUCCAUGAAGAAGUGGGUUGGGCCUAAGACACCGAGUUUACUGAUUCUCCUUUGUUCACUAGGUCAGAUUGUAAUAUGCAUCGCCUGGCUUUCUGCACAACCACCUUUUCAAAAUAACAAUAUGAAAAUAAAACUUGGAAAAAUUAUAAUUGAAUGCCAAGAAGGAUCAUCAGUAGCAUUUGCUUGCAUGCUGGGAUAUAUGGGAUUCUUGGCAAUACUGUGUUUUGUUAUAGCAUUCCUGGCAAGGAAGCUGCCAGAUACCUUUAAUGAAACCCAGAUGAUCACCACUAGUAUGUAUAUUUUCCUAAGUGUAUGGACAUCUUUCAUCCCUGCAUACUUGAGCACACAGGGAAAAUACAUGGUCGCUGUGGAAGUGUUUGCUAUCUUGGCUUCGAGUGCAGGUUUAUUGUUCUCAAUAUUCAUCCCUAAAUGCUAUGUUGUGUUGCUAAGGCCUGAGAAGAACACCAGGACACAUAUAACUGGGAAGGCAAACAGACAUGCAGUAUAA